CAAAUGGCAAGCUCGUUACUAACAGUUCUCACGUUUUUUGUUUCGUUAUCGACUGUUUCAUGUUUAAAAAUAGGAGUAAUCGGUGGCGGAAUUGGUGGUGCUUCAUCGCUUUAUUAUUUACGUAAAUUAUUACCUAAAAUUAUCGAUGCUGAAAUUGAUCUUUUCACUGACAGUGAUAUUGGAGGUCGUAUUACAACUGUGCCGAUGCGUAUGAAUGGAAAGCUAAGAUCUUUUGAAGCUGGAGCGAGUAUCAUCCAUCCUAAAAACGAAUAUAUGAAUCAAUGGCUUAAGGAAUAUGGAUUUUCAAAGGCGCGACAUCCUGUAAAUAGGCGUGGGUUCGGGAUUUGGGAUGGAAAUAAAUUUGUUUUUCGGAAAAGUAAUUGGCACCUUGUCACGAUGUAUCGUCUUUUUCGUCGAUACGGUUUUGAUCUUAUCAGAAAUCAUUUUUUAAUCAAUAUUCUUUUGUCAGAAUUUUCAAGAAUAUACGAUUUUAUGAGCAGAAAUAUCUCAUUCGAUUCGAUAGAUAGUUUUGUGGAGACAAUUUCACCAACCAUGGCUAAUAUAGUUAAUAUUACAAUCAAAGAAUAUCUUUCUCAAAAUAAAUUUGGCGACAGUUUUAUAACAGAAUACGCGUCCGCAGCACUAAACUGUAAUUAUGGACAAUCAAUCAAGGAAUUAGGAGCAUUCGUGGGAAGUGUUGGUCUAGCUGGUGGAGUUCCUGGAUUAUAUUCAAUUAAUGGGUCUAACAGAGGAUUAGUUGAAAAGUUGGUCGAAGAUUCACGAUGCAAUAUAUUUUUUAUGAGUGUUAAUAAUGUAACUAAAGAGGGUGAACUCUAUAAUAUUGAGGGACUUGAUAAGAAUGGGAAAAUCGUUAAAGAAGGAUAUGAUUAUAUUAUUUUGGCGGUACCUCUCCAUCAACAUCAAAAUAUUUCGAUUGAAGGUGGUUUUUCUUUCCUUUUGAUGAAGUUUUGUUCGUUAUAUGUCCUUCAAGGAUCAAUACGAUCUUCUUACUGGUCAAUGAAUGAUGAAAAUAUUCCCAAUUCAAUUCUUGUAUCAAAUAAUCAGCUUUUUUAUAAUUCUAUCAGUCAGAAUUCUCCUGUUGAUUACCAGAUUGAUGAAGCCUUUCCAUCGGAUGGUCCGCAACGAAUUUUCAAAGUUUUUUCUGAAAAUUUUCUGUCGCAAGCUCAACUAGAUGAUUUAUUUAGCGAAAGGAAGGAUGUGAAAACUAUCGAAUUUCUCGCAUAUCCCGAAUACAAAAAACCACCAUUGCUGCGUCCUAGAUUUCGAUUAGUUGAUCGAAUUUGCUUUGUUAAUGCCAUAGAAUGGUUAGCAAGUGCAAUAGAGAUGAGUGCCAUAGGUGGACGAAAUUGUGUCAAUAUGCUUCUUAAUGAUUUGCAUUUGUUGCAGAAGGAAAAUUUAAAAAGUGGAAAGGUUGAAUUAUGA